GAGUUUCUUCGCAGUAAUUGGCGACGCAAACAGUCAUUGCCAAUCUGAAGCUUGUGUCCGAAGCAAGAGGAUAUUUUAGGACCUCAAAACGCUGAGAAAACGAAGGUGAGAAGUCCUCAAGCCCAGGGACAGACCAGUGAAAAAGUCAUGCAGCAGACAUCGCCUAACCAGCAACAGACAGUAUUUGGAGCACAGCCUCCCAUGGGACAACAAGGCUAUGUCCCUGCUGGACAACCUGUACCAUUUGUUCCAGCCCCAGGUGUCCCUGUCAAUCAAGCUGGAGGAGGGCAGAUUGAGAGACCCUAUUUGAAAAGCGGGCUAAGUUUCUCGAGAUUUGCGGAAAUUUUCGUCUUGUUAAUCGCCUGGCCAUGCGGUGCCGUUUACGCAAACCGAACUCUCGGUUUGGAUGGUCGAGCAACAGCCUUUGCAGGGAUCGCCACGUUUUGUUGGGUGAUGGUGAUAAUCAUGCAGAUUGUGUUUUUAGUUGGCAUCAACAAAGACCAGCGAUAUUUCAGGACACCAUCAACUUCCACAUUGAUAGUUUUAACUGUGCAAGUCCUUAUGACGAUACUACUCUUUGCUUGUACUACAAGCCUAACAAUGCGCGGCAUCGACUUGUAUAAAGCUAACAUAGCUUACAGUGAUCGAUACGGUGAAAGCAAACCCUUUGACGUAAACAAUCUUCUGCUCCUUGGUGCGUUGGUCUUUGGUGUGUUGGCAUGUUUCUUCUUCAUGGAAGACAUCCCACUACUGACAAAGAUGUACAGAUUGCAAAGAGCAAAGGAAAUUGCUGCGGCAGAUAAUACUCAGUAGCCUUUUAUUGACCUGUAGCUGCAGUUGUUUGGAUCAGCUACAGCGCAGCCAGUUCGCUAAAUUUCUAGAAAAUAGCUUUGUUUGCACGUGCGUCAAUCUUUAGCUUUGAUUAAUUUUUCGUAGUUAGCUGCAUAAAAGGCGUCAUGUUGAAACGACCCUGUAUCAACUUAGCUCGUUUUGACUUGUCCCUUAUUAAUAUUCGACAAUUAUCAUGAUUAUUCUUAUUCCCUUGAUUGCUUUACUUAAGUAUGACAAGCAUGUAUAACAGGCUUUAUCAGAGUAAAACUGUGACACUAAUCAUACUAAAAAAGUGAAGAUCGUAAAAGACAUUUAAUCGUAGUGAGUUUCACAUAGAGUACUAUGUUUAUACAUCGUUGGUUGACCCGGCCCCCCCAGGUUGAAAUAAAAAUUGUAGUAUUAACUAUGA